CUUGAAUAACAAUAACAACUAUAUUUAAAUCUUAAACAAUACUCUUUAUAAUAAUUUUUAAAUAGAUUUGACAUCUUGGCAAUCUCGAUUUACGAAUUUUUCAUCUAUCAUGGUUCAUCUGAUGCAUUCCAAAAUUUUAUACGAUGUUACAUUAAUUGUAGGAACAACUUUCAACCAAAGAAAGAUCAAAUCUCAUAAACUACUGCUUUCAAUUCGCAGUGAUGUCUUCGAAAAAAUGUUUUAUAAUGCUACAUCUACCAUUAAAGAAGAAAUUUUAAUUCCGGAUGUAAAUCCGGAUAUUUUUGAAAUUAUGUUGAAAUAUAUCUAUACGGAAAGUUUAACGGCAGAUUCAUUAGAUGAUACCAUACAAACUUACUAUGUGGCUUCUAGAUACAACAUAGUUCAGCUCAUGCAAAUGUGUAGAGCCAAAAUAGAAUCGCAAUUAUGCAAAAUUAACGUUUGUUCCGUUUACGAGAUGGCACUCGACUUAAACUUUCAAAAUCUUAAAAAUAAAUGCGAGGAUAUAAUAUGCAAAUAUGCAAAUGAAGCUUUGGAAUCAGAUUCGUUUCUCCGAUCAUCUUAUAAAACUGUUCAAAGUAUAGUCUCAAUGAAUUCAUUAAAUAUAAAAAAUGAACUGUUUCUGUUUGAUAGGUUAGUUAGAUGGGCAAAAAUGGCAAUUCGUAAAGGAGCAGAUGGUAAUUCUGUCAAGAAAUUGAGGAAAUUUCUCGAUCCACUCUUUCCACAUAUCAGAUUCUUGAGUAUGAGUCACGAAGACAUCUUUAGAGGCUUGGCAAGAAGUGGUGUCUUUAGUCAAGAUGAAAUAAUGAGCAUAGGAAUGAACAUACCAGAACCCGGAGAUGUGCCUUUGCCGAAAUGGUGCAACAAGAACAGAAAUGCAAGAAAAUGUCAUUUUAUAGAAACACUGGAGUCAGAAAAUGAAAGUUGUAUAGAAGAAAGUGAUAAUAAUUCUACAUCAUCAAAAGAAAUCAAUCCAUUAACAAUAUCCAAGAUAUUAAAAUCAGAUAAUUCUCCUUAUUCAAUUUUGCAACUUCAUCACGACUGUUCGACAGGAAAGAUAAGAGAUUCAAAAUACACAGAUGGGACGUUCUGUAUCGAAUGUAUGCUAAAUUGUGAUCAAGAAAUUAUAUUGUAUGGCUUCAGUUUUUACAUAAAAUACCAUUCCAUUUGUAUUGCUGAAUUGUAUAUCGCGGAAGGAAGUAAUUCGUGUCGAUUAAUUCCAUGCAUAGAAAAUGCUAACGAAAAAUCAUCAUCUAUGCUUAAUUAUAAUCACAAAAUGAUGAUGUCCCAACCAUUGAAGAUCAAGAACAACAAUGGAUAUUAUAUUAAAGUUUUCACUGAUGAUGAUGUCGGAAGUUGCACAAAAUCUUUCUCGACUACGUCCAAUUUGAAAGCUUUCGGAAUUAAUUUUAAUAUUAGAUACAUAAACAUUAGAAAUAAUUCUCAUUUUUAUGAAUUAUAUUUUACUAAACCUUUUUGUUAAAUAUAGAAAUAUAAUUUUAAAAAGUUUAUUCUUGAAAUAUUAAAAUAUUCGUCUAAUGUUCGACAAA